AUGCACCAGCCUAGUGAAUUGCACUCACUAUCAAGUUAUAGGUUGAUUCCUUAUUUCAUAUAUUGGGUGUUGCAGCCGAAAAGACCUUGUGGUUUGAGAUCAUCACUUAAUUAUGCUCAUGGUGUUCUUGCCCGAGUGCAAGACCAAGCGCUCUCGAGCGAGUAUAAGGCCAGCACCGAAGGUGCCUGGGAGCUCAAAUCGCAUUGCAAGAACCUUUGGAAGCGUACAGAUGAAGAUCAGAAGAAUGCUUGCGCAUAUUUGGAUCCAUUAUGGUUUAACAGUUACGUUAAUGGGGACAAAGAACAGAAAUCAAGAAUUCUUAGAUGGACAAAGAAAUUGAAAAUAUUUUCAAGAAAAUAUGUGUUUGUCCCUAUUGUUCGUUGGGGACAUUGGAACCUCCUUGUCCUAUGCCACUUUGACGAGACAGACUGCUCAGAUGCAAAAAAAGGACCGCGAAUGCUGCUGCUGGAUUCACUUAACACAACAGAUCCGAAGAGGUUGGCACCUGAAAUAAGAGGAUUCAUUCGUGGUAUUUAUGAAAUCGAAGAGCGGGAAGAAAGUGUGCACUUCAUAAAAAAAAUCCGUCUUGAGUUUCCUAAGGUGCCACAGCAAAACGGGGAGGAAUGUGGUAUAUAUGUUCUUUACUUCAUCCACUGUUUUCUUCAAAACGGAAAAUUGGCAGAAGUUCUUCAGAAUAAAACACUGGAAGAAGAUUUCAGCCAGCUGUUUGAUGAUGGCACCUUUGAUCCAGAGGAACUAGAGAACUUCCGCAAGGAUGUUCAUGCAUUCCAAGGAAAGGAGUACCGAAACUGGACAAAAUGCACUGCUGCCAUCCGAAUGCUUGCAUACGGAGUGCUCGGUGAUCUCAUUGACAAGUACGUCCAUAUGAGCGAGUCUACAUGCCUAGAGUCCCUGUAUAAGUUCUGCAAGGCUGUGAUUGCUGUGUUUGGCCCUGAGUACUUGAGAGAGCCGACAACUGAAGAUACAACCAAUUUGUUGGCGAUGAAUGCCAGCAGGGGCUUCCCGGGGAUGCUUGGCAGCAUAGACUGCAUGCACUGGGAGUGGAAGAACUGCCCUUCUGCUUGGCAAGGGCAGUAUAAGGGACAUGUCAGGGCUUGCACUGUCAUACUAGAGGCCGUGGCGUCUCAAGAUCUCUGGAUCUGGCACUCUUUCUUUGGCAUGGCUGGAUCACACAAUGAUAUCAACGUGCUUCAUCGCUCGCCGGUGUUUGAUAGGCUUGCCAAAGGCAACAGCCCAUCGGUGAACUUUACUGUCAACGUUCGUCUUUUGAACAUCAUGUCGUCCAAAGCACCGACUGUCUGCAACUGGGUUCCCUCAACAGCCAAAUCUGACUUCUGGAAAGCCAAGUACGACCACGAAGCCGACAAGAAAGCUAGAGCCGCCGCCAUAAUUGCCAAGAAGACGACCCGGAGAUCUAAGAAGAAGAAGAAAAGCACCGCUGAGGAUCUGUUGAGACUUGACGAUGACACUUCUGAGUCGGAGGAGGUGUCUCGCUCUUCUGGUGACUCAUCUCAAACUCAAUUCCCGGCCUUUAAGACUGCCCCUGGUGGCCAAGCCAAAUCCAAGAAGGCCAAGGUGACUAGGCCGGCGGAAGACCCGCCAGUCCUUGCACCUGAACCGGCCAUGCCACCUUCUCCCCCUCCAACUGAAGCGCCAGAAAACCCGACGGCCAACACUCAAACAGAUCCUCCUGAGCCAUCAACUGACGAUACCAUCGUUAACCCUUCUGCUACUGGACCAUCCAGCUCGGCCAACCCGCCAUCACCGUCUGCCCAGGACGUUCUAAUCAUUGGAAGUCGCUUUUUUGAGCCGGGGAAUCCCACCGUGUUGAACGCCCUGUCUGAAUUGGGUUCGCAAUUAACUUACGCCAAGACCCGGCUGGUGGAUCAGGAGGCAGAAAUCAAGGCUGCUGACUCCAAGCUUCAAUUAAGUCUUGCUGAGACAGAAAAAUUGAGAAACAGCUUGACUGCCAAGAAGAAAACCUGGGCUGAAGAGAAAACACUGCUGACACAACGCACCGAAAAAACAGAAGCAACUCUUGAGGAGGUUACUACGGAGCUGGCCGAUUUAAAGAACCGGUGUCUCAAAUGGUUUUCGCAUCUUUGGCCCGCGAAGCAAAAACCUGAACCAGGAUAA